AUGAUCAGCACUGGACACCAGUUCAGACGCUCCAUCCUAGUCCAACACCUUGAUCGGCCAAGCAUCGAAGGAAUAGAGCCAAUCGACUCAAUGCAGAUAGAUGAAGACCCCAGCUGGCAAGACCCCAUCAUCGACUACUUAGUGAAUGGAAAUCUGCCAACGGAUAAGUCCGAAGCUAGGAAGGUCCAACAAAAAGCCGUGAGAUAUUACAUGCAAGGCGACAAGCUCAUUCGCAUAUCAUACUCCGGCCCUCAUCUCACUUGCACAAAAUACCCUCAAACACUUGAGGUCCUCUGCAAAAUUCAUGACGACGAGCGUGGCAACCACUCUGGGGGCAGGUCACUCGCCCAGAAGGCUCUAAAUGUAGGCUAUUUCUGGCCUACUAUGCGCCAUGACUCCACUGAAUAUGUCAAAAGAUGUGAUCGUUGCUAA